ACCCCCCCUGGUUCAUUUAUGUCAGAGACCAAGUGAUUCCUUCCCUCAGGACACUAUUAAAUACAGCUGCCUGCCUUUGCUCUUUGCAACAAAUUCAUUCCCGUGCCUUGUCUUUUUGGCCCCAUUUGCCUUCUUUUCUCUCCAGAACUUCCCUUUAUUCUCCCUCGACGAACACAACCCUGAAAGCAAGACCAGUUUCCCCCUCUAUCCUUAUCGUGUUCACAAACAUCCCUUAAUUCCCUUUUCAGUUUCCGGUGACCAGCUUCUUGGCUUGAUCAAUCUCUUACAGAUAUAACUAGUUUUAGUGUCAACUAUAUGUUUACAGAAUCAACAUAGGAAUUGAGAAAUAGAGAAUUUAUGUUACUCAGAAAAUGAUAACAUCGGCUGAUAAUAUCCAUCCCAUGCAAUUAAAUUCUUGUGGAGAGCAGAAAACUGAAGGAACCCAAAAGCUCCAAGACUUUGUUGCUCGUCUUGAAGAAGAAAGGUUCAAGAUUGACGCUUUCAAGCGCGAGCUUCCUCUUUGUGUCCAACUUCUCGCCUAUGCUGUGGAGGCGUCAAGGCAAGAGCUGAAAUCACAGAGGACAAACCAAUUAGAGGCAAGGCCCGUACUGGAAGAAUUCAUUCCUCUUAAAGACACAAGUUGGCCAGAAGUGAAAGAGAAUGCGGCGGGGAAGGCAUCGGCAGAUAAAGCUAACUGGAUGACUUCUGCACAACUAUGGAAUCAAGAGACUGAAGGAAAAUAUUCUCCCAUAGAAACUGACACCGAGCUGGCUUUGACUGUCAAGCAGGGAAUCAGUGCAGCAGGAGGCUUUCUUCCUUCUCCACAGAAAUCAGAUAGAAACUCCUCAUCGUGUGGGGCAGCAUUUCCAGAAUUAGCACUUUCCUCAUCCCAUAAAGAGGAGACAGUAAACACCAGGAAUUCACUAGAAACAAUUUCCAGGAGUGAAAACUCUGGUGAGUUUGGCAAUAGUUCAGUUGCUGAGAAAGAGAGAGUUCGUGGGACUGCAACCACAACUCAAACUCACAGAAAGCCGAGGAGAUGUUGGUCGCCCGACUUGCACAGGCGUUUUGUCCAUGCUCUUCACAUGCUGGGUGGUUCCCAAGUGGCUACUCCAAAACAAAUUAGAGAACUGAUGAAGGUUGACGGUUUGACAAAUGAUGAAGUUAAAAGCCAUUUGCAGAAAUACAGACUUCAUACAAGAAGCCUAAGUCCAAGCCCGCAAGCGGCAAUGGGUGGGGCGCCAAAACUGGUAGUCCUAGGAGGCAUAUGGGUCCCACCAGAAUACGCAGCUGCAGCGGCCCACACCCCCUUGUACGGAGCACACACCGCCACCAAUACUCAAAUAUUACCUUCUUUCUGUUCCGCCGCACCAUCAGUGCCACAAGAAAUCUAUCACGCAGUAGCAACACCACACCCGCCGCCCCCUAGGAACCAACUGCACCACCACGCCGUCCACCUCCACCAGUUCCAUGUCUAGACAGAUAUAGCUCCCUGGAUCAUAUAUCCAAUGUGGCGCCGGCGAUCCAUCGGAGAGGAGCAGCAGCAGGAAGGCUACGUGGAGAUACAGAAUGGAAGUUGAAGAAAGCAAUGCAACAAUUAAUGUCGUCAGCCGCAAUUGUCACAAGAUUAGUUACUUGGCUGCAAGAUCAAAUGGUAGGCACAGGUUCCAUUUGUUUAAGUCGAACAGUGUGCAUAAUGCGAUUAUUUGCUUUUGAUGUCGAAUUGGAUAUUAGAAAAUGAUGAAUUUAUUAUCUAAUACUGUUGUAAUUGAUAAAGCUUGCAAAUAAGAGGACGCCAUGCAUUUUAUUAUAAGAACAAGUGAAUCUUUUAU